AUGCACAGCCCAGCACUGCUAUGUUGCCUGGUCUUACUUGCUGGGGUGGGGGCCAGCCGAGGUAAGCACACCCAGUCUGAGGAUAGCUGCACCCGUUUCCCAGGCAAUUUGCCACACAUGCUCCGAGACCUCCGAGCUGCCUUUGGCAGGGUGAAGAUUUUCUUUCAAAAGAAGGAUCAGCUGGACAGCAUGCUACUAAGCAAGUCCUUGCUGGAUGAUUUUCAGGGUUACCUGGGUUGCCAAGCCUUGUCAGAGAUGAUCCAGUUUUACCUGGUGGAUGUGAUGCCUCAGGCGGAGACCCAUGGCCCAGACAUCCAGACCCAUGUAAACUCCCUGGGGGAAAGGCUGAAGACCCUCCGGCUGCAACUGCGGCGCUGUCAUCGAUUUCUUCCCUGUGAAAAUAAGAGCAAGGCAGUGGAACAAGUGAAGAAUGCCUUUAGUCAGCUCCACGAGAAAGGCGUCUACAAAGCCAUGAGUGAGUUUGACAUCUUCAUCAACUACAUAGAAGCUUACAUGACAACGAAGAUAAAAAACUAAAACACCCAGGAUGGCGACUGUACUGGACUUUAGGA